AUGAAGUGGACCAAGAAGGAUGUAGGCACUGGCAAGGCGAAUUUCCCGGUGCAGUAUGACCUCAGUGGCAGAGUGGAGGUCAUCGUAAAGGGCUCCAAGACGCAGGUCAUUGGAGACUGUGCCUUCUUCCUGUUGCGAACUUCUUGGACGAAAUUUCUCUGUUGUCUCGUGGGGGCGUACUUGAUCUUGAUUCUGUUCUUUGCGCUGAUUUACUUGGCCGAGGCGGAUGGCAUGGUGUGUCUAAUCAAGGAUGAGCCGUGUGACUUCUGGGACGCGUUGAACCUCUCCGUCCACAGCAUGUCCACCAUCGGCUUUGGUUCAAUCGUCCCGCAGUCUGCUCUCACACACUCAGCAGUUGCCGUGGAAUUUUGGAUUGCAGUUCUUAUGGGUGCUGGAGCCGGAGGUCUGCUUUUCUCCAGGGUCAGCACUGCCAGCAGUCGAGUUGCUUUCUCCGACGUUGCCUUGGUAACCAACAUCCGCGGCUGCCCGACGGUCACUAUGCGGAUCGUCAACGAGCGGCCGUUUAGUUCAUUGUUCGACGUGACGUGCCGGGUCAGUGCCCUCGUUAAGGACCCAAAAGCUGGCAUGCGGAUCCUGGCUCCUUGUGAGCUGGAGCGCAGCACAAACAUGAUGUUCCGUGCG